CGCGCCUGAGCUCACACGCGCACGCACGCACAGAGACGACCCCGCCGCCGCCUCUCUCUCCCGGCGCCGCCGAGAAAGCCAGCCUUCCCUUCCCUAACUGGGGCGCGGAAGCUCGGGAAGCUCAGAGCGCAGCCCAGAGCCAGCCCAGGAGCGGAAGAAAGCCAGAGGACAAGCCUUCUUUUCCCCCUGACUGCCGGGCUGAGGCGCCCCAUCCCCCGCCCUGAACCCCGAUCUUUCCCACCCCAGCUCUCUGGGUUUCGGGCGGACGGACAGAGCCCCGAGCCCCGUGCGCCCCGGUUUGGAAUAGACGUUUCAGCACUUCGGACAGCGCCUGGGCGUCUGUCCCCUUUGCGUUGGCUAUGGCGAGCGUUCAGCAAGGCGAGAAGCAGCUUUUUGAGAAGUUCUGGCGAGGUACCUUUAAAGCUGUGGCCACCCCACGUCCUGAGAGUAUCAUUGUCGCCAGUAUUACAGCCCGCAAGCCGCUGCCCAGGACAGAAGCCCAGAGCAGCCCCAUGGUUCCGGUUCAGGACGGACCCUCGGAAAAGCUGAGCCAGCAUCUAGCCACUGAGGCCUUGGGCACCAACAGCUGGGAGAGAGACAAGGCCUGCCAGGAGCUCAGUCCCGCCAGAGCACGCAGUGCCUCCCGAGACAAGAAGUUGACGCCACCGCCUUCCUCCAGGGGGAAGAAGAAAAAGAAGAAAUCCGCCAGGAAGAAGAGAAGGAGGUCCCCGUCAUAUAGCCCAUCACCUGUCAAGAAAAAGAAGAAGAAAAGUUCCAAGAAACAUAAGCGACACAGGUCAUUCUCCAAGAAGAGAAGGCACAGCUCCUCCAGCCCAAAAAGCAAAAGAAAGGAAGAGAAGAGGCACAAAAAACAGUCGCGAAGCCGGCCCCGAAAGUCUCACCGCCACCGCCGUCACCACUGCCCCUCGCGAUCCCAGAGCUCAGAGUCGCGGUCCUCAAGCUGUGAGAACAGGCACCGCGGCCGGUCCCCCGAGGAAGGGCGGAAGUCUCGCCAAAGGCACUCCCGCCGCUGCUCCAAGACCCUCGGCAAGGCCAGCCCCGAGGCCCGGUCCGGCCCCCCACCCAGCCAGCCCCUCCAGAUGCUCAGCCUCCUGCCGGCCAGCGGUGUAAUCACUGGGUCGGGGUCUGCUGCUGACCUCUUUACCAAAACAGCCAGCCCGCUCACCACCUCCCGCGGACGCUCCCAGGAGUACGACUCCGGCAACGACACUUCGUCGCCACCCUCGACGCAGAUCAGCUCGGCCAGGUCUCGGGGUCAGGAGAAGGGGAGCCCCAGUGGGGAACUCAGCAAGAGCCGGGACCUCAACAGUGGCAACACCUCUGAUUCAGGGAACUCCUUUACCACCUCCUCACCCCAGAACAAGGGGACCACUUUGGAGAGUCUCUCACCCACCAGCAGGGGCAGAGAGCCAAGAGCACCGCAGUCGCCGUGCCUGGGCUGCGCCGAGGUGAAGAAGUCCGGUGUGGUCCCCUCCCCAGCUCGGAGCUCCCCCGUGAGAGGACGCUCCCGCAGCUCCUCCUGUGCCAGCGCCCGCUCCUCCAGCCUCUCCUCCCGGUCCCCCAACCCCAGGGCCUCCCCCAGGUACACCCGGAGCCGGUCCACCUCCUCCGGGAAAAGGUCCUACUCCCGCUCACCCAGCUACUCCUCCAAGUCUGGCAAGAGAAGCCCACCCAGCAGAAGCUCUCGAUCCCGCAGAAGCCCCAGCUACUCCCGCUACAGUCCCAGCAGGGAGCGGGACCCCAAGUACAGUGAGAAGGACUCGCAGCAGCGGGAGCGCGAGCGAGCGCGCCAGAGACGGAGGUCCUACUCGCCCAUGCGGAAGCGCCGGAGAGACUCCCCGAGCCACCUGGAGGCGCGGAGGAUAACCAGCGCCCGGAAACGCCCCAUCCCCUACUACCGGCCCAGCCCCUCUUCCUCCAGUGGCCUCAGCAGCGCCUCCUCCUGGUACAGCAGCAGCAGCAGUCGCUCAGCCAGCCGCAGCUACUCGCGCAGCCGCAGCUACUCCCGCAGCCGCAGCCGCACCCGGAGCCGGAGCAGGACCCGCACGAGCAGCAGCUCCAGCUCCCGCAGCCCCAGUCUGGGCUCCCGGAGCCGGAGCCGAAGCCGGAGCAGAAGCUACAGCUCAGCAGGCAGCUAUUCCAGCACCAGGCGCUAAGCAAGGGCCCUCCCCUGAGCCAGCUGCCUGGGGGGGCGGGGCCCUAUCUUUGGGCCAGCCUCCCCCACCCUGCCUUCUCCUUGGUGACAGACACUGAGGGCCCCUGGACCCUGUCCUUUCUGUUCUCCUGCGGAGGAGCAAAAGAGGGUACAAGCUGCUAAGAGCCUCCACCAGCACCACCCUGAGGCUCAUCUCAGGCCUGGGCAUAUGAAGAGAAACACCCACUGUCUGUUGGCACAAAAAAAAACCCCUCAAGGUUUUGUAAGAAGGAAUGGGUCCGUGACUCCAACCUUUGGGCCUGGCCAGGAAGAUGUACAUGGUUCCGCUCACACACUGCUCCCAGGCUGCAUCUGGAAGGGCAGGGCUAACUCAUCCCACCCGCCCUCCUCCCCUCAGUCUUGUGGCUGCAUGUCCGUGGACCCAUCCCUCAUGGG